AUGAAUCACUUUCGUAACAAUUUGUCCCGGUUUCGGCUAGUGACGUUCGACGUUACCGAUACACUGCUGGAAUAUGCCGUACGUCCCGAGCGACACUAUGCCCAGGUUAUUAACAGCGUGCUGGAACCGCGCAUCGGUCGCACGCUGGUCGAGGAACACAUUGGCCAAUCGUUCGGUCGCUGCUUCCGAACGAUGAAGCAACAAUACCCGAACUUUGGAUCCGGCCGGAAGCAAACUGGCCAGCAGGAGCUGGAGGAUGAGAGUUGGCGCUGGUGGUGGCGUACGCUCGUUGAGCGCGUGAUCGUGGAUGCGGCCGCCUGUUCCGAUUGCCAUAACGUGCCUGCGCCACUGUUGAGCUUGAUCGCGGAACAGCUGAUAGACGACUACACGUACGAUGGGAAGCGUGUCUGCUGGCGGCAGCGGCCCGGUGUUGCCGAGUUUCUGGCGAAACUGCGCACCCCACAGCCCAACCAUACGUUGGGCAUCGUUUCGAACUUUGAUCCACGGUUAAAUAUCAUCCUGCGCAACAAUGGCAUUGCGCCGGCUGGUGAGGUGGUCGAUUUUGUGCUCACGAGCUACGAAGCGGGGGUGGAAAAACCAGACCCGGCGAUUUUCGAAACGGCGCUACGGAAAGCGAACCUGCUGCAGCCAGAUGGACCGGAAAUAAGGCCCCAGGAAGCGCUGCACAUUGGCAAUCUGUGCCGGGAGGACUAUAAUGGUGCACGUGGUGCCGGUUGGUGUGCGCUGCUGGUAAAUGUACCACCGAACGAAAAGAACCGGAAGCUUUUAGCAACCAUUCCUGGUGGGCAUGUGUUUGCCGGUUUGCCCGAGCUGCAGCAACGGCUCGAAGGUGCUGCACCGUUCGAAUGGUGA